AUGGCGCCAAAAGCAAAGAAGGAGGCCCCUGGCCCUCCCAAAACUGAAGCCAAAAGUGAUGUACUUAUCACCCAUGAUCUUGAUACAUCAAAUAGCUCCUAUGAGGACUGGUGCAGCAGUAAGCAGUACUGUCUGGAGAUCGGACCCCCCGACUUGCUGGAACGCAAGGGCUCGCUCACUCUCCGCUCCCAUCACAAGAAGUACUCGAAGCCGGUGUUGGUGUAUUCUUGGCAUCAGGAUAGAGAAGCUUUUCCCAAAGAUUAUGACAUAGAUGUUGAGAAUGUAAAAAACCUGUGUAAUUCAACAUACAAGCGAUUUGGAGUUGAUGAACCCCCAAUUUGGAUAUCAGAAACACAAGAACAGAUGGCUCAAAUUUAUUUAAGCACAAAAUUGGCUGGAGUAAAGAGCAAGGCCUUACUGAAUGAGGAUACUUUAAGCUCUGGGAUUAUUGAAAGGGAUACUGGAUGCCCUGUCACGGGUUUUGGAGCCAUCUUUACCAGACACUCACCAGAAGACCACAAAAUGUGUACCUUGACAACAUACUCUCAGGAUUAUGUGCCACCAUAUGCUUAUCAGCCACGUGUCUAUUCCUGUGAAGAUAAUUAUUCAAUAGAGCACAGAAAAUGCCGCUCACAGUUCACAGAUCUAGAUGGUUCCAAGAGACUUGGCAUCAACCACUGGCAUGAUGAAAGUGGGAUUUAUGCUAAUUCAUAUGUAAAACGCAAACUCUGCCCAGUAACUUGUGGUCCUAUUGUCCCAUUUUAA